AUGUCGGGUCUCUUUGGCACCUCCUCUUCGGCGGCCACCAAUACUGUUGGCGACCUCAAGCAGGACGUCGCCGUAGGCAACCCGCCCGAAGAUAGUAUCUCGGACCUGGCAUUCAACCCAAACCCUGCCGACCAGAAAGACUUCCUCGCAGUGUCCAGCUGGGACAAGAAGGUCCGCAUCUACGAAAUCCUGCCCAACGGGCAAGCAGAGCCUCGCCACGCCUACGAGCACAGCCUGCCUGUUUUCGGCGUCGACUUCUUCAAGGAUGGCCAAAAAGUGGUUUCCUGCGGUGCCGACAAGCAGGCCCUGGUCUGCGAUCUAGCGACCCUCGAGACGGCCCAAGUGGCCCAACACGACCAGCCCGUGCGCUGCGUUCGAUACUUUGACAACAGCGGCACGCCCAUGGUGGUGACGGGCUCGUGGGACAAGACGGUCAAGUACUGGGACCUGCGCCAGCAGCAGCCUGCCGCGACGCUCCAGUGCCAGGAGCGUGUCUACACGAUGGAUGUCCGCGACAACCUCCUCGUCAUUGGCACGGCGGAUCGCUACAUCAAUGUCGUGAACCUGAAGGAGCCGACCAAGUUCUACAAGACGAUCCAGAGCCCUCUCAAGUGGCAGACACGGGUGGUCAGCUGUUUCGCCGACUCUGCCGGAUUUGCUAUCGGCAGUAUCGAGGGCAGGUGUGCGAUCCAGUACGUGGAGGACAAGGACUCAAGCUCCAACUUCUCCUUCAAGUGCCACCGAGACCCUCCCCAGGGCAGCGUCACCAACGUCUACUCUGUCAACGACAUCUCCUUCCACCCUGUCCACGGCACGUUCUCGACAGCGGGCUCCGACGGCACCUUUCACUUCUGGGACAAGGACGCCAAGCAUCGGCUUAAGGGCUACCCAAAUGUUGGCGGCAGCAUCACUGCGACGCAGUUCAACAAGACGGGCACCAUCUUUGCCUAUGCCGUCUCCUACGACUGGUCCAAGGGAUACCAGGGCAACAGCCAACAGUACCCUAACAAGGUCAUGCUGCACCCUGUGCAGGCAGAUGAAUGCAAGCCCAGACCUAGUGUCAAGAAGCGAUAG